AUGAUCCAGUGGAUCGCUACAGGGAUUAUGGGUGUCUUUUUGACUGGGCACUUUUACAAGUUUUCCCGACUUCUCUUCUUUUUCAACCAAUCCCUUCCCAUAAACGACAUUUCCCUCUAUCAAUCCAUUCCCAUAAACGACAUCAUCCUCUAUCAAUCCCUUGCCAUAAACGUCUUCUUCCUCUAUCAAUUCCUUCACAUAAACGACUUCUUUCUCUAUCAAUCAAGUCAUAUAAACGUCUUCUUCCUCAGUCAAUCAUUUCCCAUAAACGUCUUCUUAUUCUAUCAAUCCCAUCCCAUAAACGACGUCUUCCUCUAUCAAUUCCUUCCUAUAAAUUACUUCUCCCUCUAUCAAUCCAUUCCCAUAAAUUACGUCCUCCUCUAUCAAUCCCUUUCUAUAGAUGACGUCUUCAUCUAUCAAUCCCUUCCCAUAAACGACGUCUUCAUCUAUCAAUCCCUUCCUAUAAAUGACUUCUCCCUCUAUCAAUCCAUUCCCAUAAAUGACGUCCUCCUCUAUCAAUCACUUUCUAUAGAUGACGUCUUCAUCUAUCAAUCCCUUCCCAUAAACGACGUCUUCCUCUAUCAAUCCCUUCCUAUAAAUGACUUCUCCCUCUAUCAAUCCAUUCCCAUAAAUGACAUGACGUCUUCAUCUAUCAAUCCUUCCCAUAAACGACAUGACGUCUUCAUCUAUCAAUCACUUCCUAUAAACGACGUCUUCCUCUAUCAAUCCCUUCCUAUAAAUGACUUCUCCCUCUAUCAAUCCAUUCCCAUAAAUGAUGUCCUCCUCUAUCAAUCACUUUCUAUAGAUGAUGUCUUCAUCUAUCAAUCCCUUCCCAUAAACGACGUCUUCCUCUAUCAAUCCCUUCCUAUAAAUAACUUCUCCCUCUAUCAAUCCAUUCCAAUAAAUGACGUCCUCCUCUAUAAAUCCCUUUCUAUAGAUGACGUCUUCAUCUAUCAAUCCCUUCCCAUAAACGACGUCUUCCUCUAUCAAUCCCUUCCUAUAAAUGACUUCUCCCUCUAUCAAUCCAUUCCCAUAAAUGACGUCCUCCUCUAUCAAUCACUUUCUAUAGAUGACGUCUUCAUCUAUCAAUCCCUUCCCAUAAACGACGUCUUCCUCUAUCAAUCACUUCCUAUAAAUGACUUCUCACUCUAUCAAUCCAUUCCCAUAAAUGACGUCCUCCCCUAUCAAUCCCUUUCUAUAGAUGACGUCUUCAUCUAUCAAUCCCUUCCCAUAAACGGCGUCUUCAUCUAUCAAUCCAUUCCUAUAAAUGACUUCUCCCUCUAUCAAUCCAUUCCCAUAAAUGACGUCCUCCCCUAUCAAUCCCUUUCUAUAGAUGACGUCUUCAUCUAUCAAUCACUUCCUAUAAAUGACUUCUCCCUCUAUCAAUCCAUUCCCAUAAAUGACGUUCUCCUCUAUCAAUCCCUUUCUAUAGAUGACGUCUUCAUCUAUCAAUCCCUUCCCAUAAACGGCGUCUUCCUCUAUCAAUCCCUUCCUAUAAAUGACUUCUCCCUAUAUCAAUCCAUUCCCAUAAAUGGCGUCCUCCUCUAUCAAUCCCUUUCUAUAGAUGACGUCUUCAUCUAUCAAUCCCUUCCCAUAAACGACGUCUUCCUCUAUCAAUCCCUUCCUAUAAAUGACUUCUCCCUCUAUCAAUCCAUUCCCAUAAAUGACGUCCUCCCCUAUCAAUCCCUUUCUAUAGAUGACGUCUUCAUCUAUCAAUCACUUCCUAUAAAUGACUUUUCCCUCUAUCAAUCCAUUCCCAUAAACGAUUUCUUCCUCUAUCAAUCCCUUAUAAACGACUCUUUCUGUCAAUCCAUUGCCAUAAAAGACAUCUUCCUCUAUCAACCCAUUCUUAUAUACGAGGACUUCUUCUAUCAAUACCUCCCAAUAAACGACUUCUUCUUCUAUCAAUCUCUUCCCAUAAACGACAUCUUCCUCUAUCAAUCCCUUCUCAUAAUCGACUUCUUCCUCUAUUAA